UUUCUAAUAAAAAAAAAUAAAAAAAUUUGACAGUAUUUACAAAAUCAUUAGAAAUUUAUUCUGCACUAAAUUAACUGUCUGUAAUUAAUUAUUAGUGUAUAUAUAUUCAUAUAUAUAUCCAUAUAUCGAUCAAACAAAUAAACAAAAAAGUCAACAUCCUGUCAAGUAAACAAAAAUUUCUAACCAUUCAAUUCCAAAUUAAAAACACUCACUAAUUCAUCUCCUGCUUAAUUAAUUAUCAUGGCAUCAACAUCAAAAAAAGGAGGCACGAAAAAAAAAUCAAAGCUUAUUGACGAGCUGACAGAUGAGCAGCGUUCAGAUAUUAAGGAAGCGUUCGAUCUUUUCGAUACCGAUGGGACCGGAAUUAUUGCGACAAAAGAACUGAAGGUUGUGUUACGAGCACUAGGAUUUGAACCUAAACGCGAUGAGUUAAAAAAACUUGUUGGAGAAGUUGACCCCGACAAUGAGGGAGUUAUUUGUUAUGAAGAUUUUCUGACUUUGAUGGCAACUAAAAUGGGAGAGAAAGACAAUAAAGAGGAAAUUUUACGGGCAUUCAAACUUUUUGAUGACGAUGACACUGGGAAAAUAACUUUUAAAAAUUUAAAACGAGUUGCCAAAGAAUUGGGAGAGAAUUUGACUGAUGAGGAGUUACAGGAAAUGAUUGAUGAGGCGGACCGUGAUGGCGAUGGCGCCAUUUCACCUGAUGAAUUUUUGAGAAUCAUGAAGAAAACUUGUUUAUAUUAAUUUUUUUGUUUAUUCAAAUUCCUACUAAACUACUGGUCUUAUGAGGUUUUUCAUAAGGACUUUUUUUUGUAGGAAAUUUAAUCCUCUAUAAAAAAGGUCUCUUUCACUUUUUUGAUAUCGGUGAUAUUUUAGCUGGAAUUCGAAUUUUAAAACCAGUAGAUUUGAAAUUUUUGCUAAAUAUGCAAAGAAAAAUGUAUGAGUUUUUUUAAGUUAAGAUUCUGGCCAAAAUAUCAAAUAUAUGAGAAAAUUGAUGAGGGCUUUUUUUGUAGGAAAUUUUAUCCUCUAUAAAAAAAGUCUCUUUCAUUUUUUUGAUAUCGGUGAUAUUUUAGCCGGAAUUCGAAUUUUAAAACCACGGGAUUUGAAAUUUUUGCUAGAUAUGCUAAGAAAAAUGUAUGAGUUUCUUAAAAUGAUAAUUCUGGCCAAAAUAUCAAACUUAUGGGAAAAUUGAUAAGGACCUUUCUUGAAGGAAAUUAAAUUUCCUAUAAAAACAUCUCAGUGAACAUUUGUCGUAUCUUUGAUAGUUUAGCCGUAAUAAUAAUUUAAAGUUUAGAAAGAUAAGAUUGAUAUUUUUUCAUAAAAAAAUGGAAUUAAAGUUUUAAAAAAUUCUAGUUCGUAAAUUUUCAGAGUUACGAUGAAAUUGCUGAGGACAUUUUUUGUAGGUAAUUUUAUUCUGUGUAAAAAUGGUCCUCAGGUAUUUUCAUGUAAACUUGAUAGUUUACGAGUUAUGAUUUUUUAAAAUAAAAAUUCUUGAAAAUGGCUGAAUUGAAAAAAAAUAUUUAUUAAUAAUAAUAAUUAAGUGUCGAUGUAUUUAUGGUUGAGAAAAUAAGAAUAAAAUUUU